UGUAACUGGUGUGGGGUUAUUUUCAAGCUGUAAAAAGUGAGGAAUUGUGGUGGCUUUCAGGUACCAGGUACCAUUUCUCCAAGCUGAGGAUCAGUCAUGAAAACUAUAGACUAGGCUGAACACACAGUAGAAACAAAAACCAUGUUGCGGUCAUUUGGGAGGCGGACCCUUCACGUCAUCGUCCAGCAGCAGUGGAGAAGUCUCACCAGCACCCAGCAUGUCGGUCGGUAUCCGUCUCAUGUCAGACGCAUUCUGACCCUCCUUGGGGGCGGAGCUGGUCUACUCACAGCAGGGCUCGCUUUGGAAAGGUCUCGCCAGUCGCUCGCGAAAGAGGUUCAGCAAACCAAGGCAACUGACAUCGCCCGGGAGACAGAAGAGCACAGCGACGAGGAAGGAGAUGGAGAAGAGAAAAAGAGAAAAGGGCCUGGAUUCAGAGACAGAAAGAUAAUCGAGUACGAGAAUCGCAUCCGUGCCUACUCUACGCCGGACAAGAUAUUCCGUUACUUUGCCACCCUGCGAGUUUUCACUGAGGAUGGGAUGUCAGAUAUAUUCAUGACGGCCGAAGACUUCAUCCGCACCAUCACCCCAGACCAGAAGCAGCCAGACGGUUUAGGCUUGGAUCAGUUCAAAAAGGUUGAGGCAAAGAAAUUGAACUUGAAAAGGAAGAGUCUUCAUGACAGGGACGAUCACAGCAUCUUCAGCAUGUUGGGAGACAACGGUCUCAUCUCCUUUGCUGACUACAUGUUCCUCAUCACGGUCUUGUCAACUCCAGAGAGGCAUUUUGAGAUUGCUUUCCGUCUGUUUGACAUCAAUGGAGACGGUGAGGUAUCCUACGAUGAAUUCCAACAGGUGACGGACGUCAUCCGAGCUCAGACGGCAACCGGGAAGAGGCACCGCGACCGCAAGACCACCGGCAACACCCUGGACAAGCCCUUCAACAGCUCCCUGGACACGGUCUUCUUCGGCCCCAACCUGGACAAGAAACUGACCUUUGAAACCUUCCGCAAAUUCUACAAGAAACUCAACCAGGAGAUCUUGAAGAUGGAGUUUGACAGAUACGAGCCGGUGGACGGCAGAAUCACGGAAGUGAACCUGGCCAACUUCCUGCUGGUCUACGCCAACCAGAUCCCCAAGCCCAGGAGGUCUCGCAUGAGGAAGAGAGUCAAGAAGAAGUUUGCCGACGAUGACGCCGAAGUUAAGGGUAUCACCUUCAAAGAGUUCAUGGACCUCCAGUCCUUUCUGAACAACAUCCGGGACAUCGAUACAGCACUGUCUUUCUACCACGUAGCUGGUGCAGCUAUCGAUCCAGAGACGUUGCGACAUGUGGGUAACAUGGUUGCCGGGGUAAAACUCAGCGAUAGGGUGUUGGACGUCGUGUUCACUCUGUUUGAUGAAAACGAUGACGGCAAACUGAGCAACAAGGAGUUUGUGGGCGUGGUCAAGAACCGCGUGCAACGGGGGCUGGACAAGUCCAAGGAGCUGGGGCUGUCGCGCAUCCUGGAGGCCAUGUGGAAGUGCGCCAAGAAGACGCAGAUCUUCCCCAGUGCCAAGAGCUAGCCGAGGGAGACAUCUCGGGACGUCCGUGCCGACGGGCAAUAAAUCCAAAACGCACUGACGCCUCACUGUCUUUGGGGGUGUGUUGAGAGUGUGCAGUACUUUUGCAAUCAUACAUGUCACACCAUGCAAGAUCCUAAUGUGCAGUUGUCAGAAAUUAGACCACGUUAAAGUCCAUUAUUGUGCAUGUUAGUUCCUGUGUAAUGAUAUACAUGGCUUGCGUGCUACAAACAUCAAAGCUACACUCUUUGAAUUCCCCAGGAAAAAAACGAAGAAAGUAAACAUUUUGAGAGAAACCGUUCAGAGAAAAGCUUCUUUAGAAUUCUUAACGUUCAGUUCAAACCUCCAAUCUUUUCAUGUGUCCAUCGCCAACUCGCGGAAUACAACUCGGCACGACAUAACAUUAUUUCGUCUCGCAACCGCCGCAAGUGUUCGUGUUUCUCAUGACAUUCUCCCGUUCCUCAGAAAAGCUGAACCAGUAGUUUCUGUUCUUUACCGAAGCAGUUUGGAUUUGAAGGGACUCUUUGUACUUUCAUCUUCCAAACAGAUUAUCUUGUUAGUGAAGAAUAUUAAGUCUUUUGUCUUAUGGAAAGGUCUAUGAAAUGCAGUUCCUCAGACGAUUGGAAAUUAUUUGUACAGCGCAGGGACUGCUUUUUCUGAGAGCCAUAAAUUUUCUGGCUUGCCUCGCGUCAGUCACUGUUUGUGAGCUGUGCAGUUUUGUCAAAUGGGUCAUUCAAUAAAUUUGAGGUCCAAAAGUAUGACAU